UGUAUUUUUUUUUUUUACGCACAUGCGUCGGGCGCAACAAACCUCUCCUCUGGCCACUCUCCGCCAGACACUGAACCUCGCGAUUCUUCUGCCACUUUAGCGCUCUUCGAACCCUCUGCCGUUCCCCAAAAGGAGUGAUUCUAUCGCCCCGCCAAACAAGUCAACAUGGCACCUAAGGAGUGGGACGAUGAAUCCUCUGGAGAGUCCAGCUCCGAGGAGUCCGCGGGUGGCCCUGCCGCCGUCCAGGUCCGCCGCAAGUUCGACGACGAGGAGGCCGACGACGACGACGUGCUCGAAUCCUGGGACGCCGCCGAGGACUCCGAGGUAGAGCGCGAGAAGGCCAAGAAGGCGGCCGAGGCCAAAGCCAAGGCCGAUGCCGAGGCCGCAGCAAGCAAGCUCUCCAAGGCCCAGCGCAUAGCCCUGCGCCAGCAGCGCCGCAAGGAGCUCGGCGAGGAGGAUGACAGCGAGGAAGAGGAGGACGAGGCCGCUCGCCGCCUGCGCCUGCGCCAGACGGAGAAGGAGAGCGACCUGAAGCACGCCGAGGACCUGCUCGGCGACAUCGGCGUGCCCGCAGCCCGCAAGGCCGUCAGCAAGGGUGCUGCCGUCUCCCUCGACGGCAAGGAUCCCACCAAGACCAUCGACAUCAGCACCAUCCCCCUCUUCAACCCCACGAAUAAGGCCCAAUGGGAUUUGCUGCGCGAGACGCUCGUCCCGAUCCUGGCCGCUAACCCUAAGCGCGCCGGGUACAUAACCUUCCUCGAGGAGUUGGUCAAGGGGCUGGCGCAGGACCUGCCCUCGGACCAGGUCAAGAAGAUCUCGAGCCGCCUCACGGCCCUCAGCAACGAGAAGAUGAAGGCGGAGAAGGAGAAGAAGGGCGUCAAGAAGACCAAGGCCUCAAAGACCAAGACCUCGCUGGUCGCCACCAGGGCCGACGUCCCCGACACGAAUACAUACGACGAGGGCGGUUUUGGCGACGACGACUUCAUGUGAACGAGACCCCAAGCACUUCUUUUUUUACGCCUUUUUGCGGUGCGAGCAACCCUAUCCUUGCCACAGCGCCACAGCGCCUCUUCCACCCCUUGGAAACGACAGCAAUGGAAACUCGGGACGCUGUUGGGUUGGGCGAGUUCUCGGAACACCCCUUGACCCGAACGGGCCGGGCCUGUCGUGCGCGCUCGAGUGGGCGUUGCAACCCUCAGAGGGGCGGGAAAUCCAAGCAUUGUUUGCGAAAAGCGCGUGCCUAAUUCGCUGCUAAUGCCGACAGCUCGUGCCGGAGAGGAGGAAGUCGACAACAAGAGAGCGGGCGGGGGAUCUGGAUAGCAUAGCGGCUUGUUGCCACUCAAAAAUGGCUCCAUCGAGGCCCUGGGUUAGGAUAGAGGAAGCCGGGCGGGGAUCUUUUUUUACGACGCAUCAAACCAUAUACAACAUGGUCGGGCGUGUCAUGGUGAUCAUCAUUAUAUGCGGUCGAGGGCGGACCAAGUGGUCACGACCCCAAAGGACCUUCCAAGACUGAGCGAGACCUUUGGCAUUGGCAAAAAGAGAAAGCAAGGUGUCGUACGUGUGUCUUGUUUUAGGGGAAGCGAGAUCCUGAUCUUGUGUUUUUAAAGGCAAAAACAAGCAUAGACGACAACUGCUAGAGACAGAGACAGAUGGUACAUUCAAACUCGCGCAAUGGGCAUUGUAGACAUAGAAAAUCUGCAUUGGAGUACAUGUUGUACCCGAGGCGGGCUUUG